AUUUUAUAAAUAAUAGAGGAAAAAUGAGGUGAGAAAAUGACAAGGGGAAAAAAACACAAAUUAUUAAGAGCAAUAAGGAAAUAAUUCAAUUACAAUAGACCCUUUAUUUGUUUACAAACAUUGUGACGCUUUUUGUGGGCGGGGCUUAUGCUGGAGGCAAAAGUGGAGCGAGAAGUCGAGCGGGACUGGGAGUAUAUAGUUUGCGCUGCAAACUCGAGCAUUUUUAACCCGUUAAACCUCAGUGCACCGCCGGCGGUACACUUACUAAUUUGCAUAGGAAUUUAAAGAAUGUCCGAAGGCUGCAAACACGAUUAUAUAAACACUAUACGCCGAUGGAAAGCUUAGAUUCUCCUGAAUCCGCCGGUAUAAACCACUUUCAGAUGUGAUUACCACAGCGGGUAAUAUAAACACAUUUGUCCGACAAACAACGAAUAUCCAUCCAUCCUUUCUCUGUACACGGCUUUAACGUACACAGCGCGACUCACAUUUCCGGGUUCAUUAUUACACACAGAUGAAAAUAUUCCACAAAAAACCAAACCUUGGACAUCCAAACGACACAAGCCAGUAAACUAUUUUGUCCAAAACAUGUCCUGAAGUCGGUAUAUAAUCCACGAAUCGGUCGUUUUCAAGGAAAUGCACCUCGCGAUGCGCGUCCAAUAUUCCCUGUAUUUCUCGUCAUAUUUUUUAUUUACAAAUAGAAUAUUAGCGAUUUUUUUGUACUGAAAAUGGCUGGAAUUGACUGCAGCUGAUCGUCUCUGUCCAGUCUUUUCGCCUCAGUGCAUUUAACCACAACUGUCUUCGUUCCCUCUGAGCACGAGUGUUCGGUGGAAUCCUAUAAAACUUUAAUUUGCGUUCGCCAAUGUCAUUCCUCCUAUUCUGGCAUCCAAAAACAGCAGGACGACAUUUUAGAAAAUUUGAUAGAGCCUAGUUCUUCAGUCUUUCGCCUUUCGGUCACGGCCGCGGGCUUCCUCUUUUGCCUCCAGCUAAAGCUGUGACGUCAUUCGUGACGUGGAUCAUUAAAGGGUCUAUAUAGUAAUAGGGAAAAUCAAUAAAAUCAUUUUAAAAAUGAAAAUGCAAAUAUUUGUAUAGUAGGCGAUGUGAACAAUAAUUGUUUGAAGAUCACUGUUAAAAUUGUUAAAAAUGCUGUUCUAAUUGUUUUUCCUGUAUAGAGAGGGUGAGGAGACAAAGCCAGAAACAGCAAGAACAAUAGAAAAUUUUGAUCCCCUAAAAAUAUCUAAUGCAGAGCGAAAAAAUAGUGAACAACUGAUAAAUCUUACUUUGUUAUUAAAAUAAACUUCCUGUGUAUGUCACACUGUAAUCUGAAGUUGAAAAUGCUAACCUAAAGUGCUUCAGUUUGAAAUGCCUGUUUGUUUUAUGAUAUGAAUUGAGCAUCAGAUGAAUUAAAGUGGUGCCUGCUGCACUCUUCCACGAAUCAGAUAUUAGGAAGAAAUAAAUUUUGAUUUUGUGGUAAUGAACUGACAUAUUAAAGGUUUUCAGUCAUUUAAAUGACAGGGCCACAGUAUACAUAAAUAGCUGUGUCAGUCACUUUGUAACCUGUCUGACAGUAAUGUUGCUCUCACUGCUGUAUAAGCCCAUUACCAUACCCACAUCUGUGGACUGGCAGCAUGUCUCUGGUCCCUCCCCCUCUAAGCGUAGCCUUUAAUCCCUGAUAAUCUCUGCAUCUACUGAAAGUCUGCAGUCAUGGCUGCACCGAAGGAAAAUUUACUGUCUCUUGGGCAUCUGACCAGCACCAAACAAAGAGAGCACUCCACAAUGAAGAGGUAAGACAAGUGAAUGCUGCUAAUGAAUGAAUGAAGUGACAUAUACAGAGUUCAUACUUUUGCAGUCUUUAAAAUGCCAAAGGAGACAUUCACUAAAAACAUGGUGGAAUUACUGCAAUGUACUUGUAUACAUGGGGAUUUGUAUUGUGUGGGUAGAACGUGUUUUAGGUUUUUAUUACCUUUUUAUAUGGAAACUUCAGUAAGCAAUAGCUAGACUAGGUGCUACUUUUAUGGGAGAAUCUAACAAACAAAUGCUAUCAUGUCAGCUGGAAAGUUCAGCUUUGUUAGCUCUGGGUUGUAUGAAGGUGAUGAAAGUAGUGGAGAGAUUGUGUUUGGUUACUGUCAUUUGGUGUUAUAAAAAAAAAACUUUGUGUGUCUCUUACAGUGUCAACAGACCAAUGUUGGUGCAAACUGACUUUUCAACUCUUCAGAGCCAACAACAUCUUAAAAAGAUAAACCUGCAGCAGCGCUGGCAGGAGCUGAAGGAGAGAGAGUGUGCAGCACAACAACACAACAGGCAGUUGCUGUUGCAGUUUGAGAAAGCUCAGGACACACUGAAAGAGAUGCUGGUCCGCAACGCUGCCAUGAAGACUAUUCGGGUGGAGUAUGAGAAGUACCUGGUGGAGAGCUCCCCCCGCUGGCAGAAACAACUCGAGGAGAAAACACAGACUGCUCAGAAGAAGUGUCUUCAGCAGAGGAUGGAAGACUGUUUGAGGUCUUAUCGAAAGAUAACAGAAGACGAACUAAUGACAAAAUCCUCUGCAAACCAACCUUUACUUUCACAAGGUUUGUUCUCUUUAUCGCUUAUUUUAAGAAAAAGGAUAUUGUUACCUUCCUUCUUUCAUAUUCAUGGUGUGUUCCACACUGGGAAAUCCAGGAAUCUGACAGGUAACAUGGAGGACCUCAACAGUUUUCCUUUUCAGGAAUGUACCGAUUUAUGGAAAACGUAUUAUCAUGCAUUUGUAUCUCCUAUCUAAUAUGUAUCUAUUUAUAGGUGCUACUAAGAGGCCACAAAAAAUUGCUGCGCCUCAAUCGCACUCUAGCCAAGAGUACUCAAACUACAACCAAGAUGGCUUCGCUCAUCUUCCCUACUCACAGUCCUCCCCUCUGACCCACUCUCAAUCCCAUACAGGUAGGUUUCCUAUCAGAGUGCCCUUUCAGCCCCACACUUCCUCUCAAGUGCCCCCGUCUUUCCUCCAACAUCCUCACCCAUUUCCGCUCCAUCACCUCACCCCCACGCCUGGUCAUCAUCAUCAUCAUCAUCAUCCCUGGCUCAGGCAGGAUCCACCGGGAUGGGCUUCCCCACAGCCCGACUACCCCUGGUCCUGGUCUGCUGGAGCAGCUGGGAUCCCCUCAGGUCCCGAGGCCCUGUGGGGGCAGAUCUACAUGGAGGAGCCUCCUCCUGAGUCGAGGGUUUCACAGACUGUUGGGGAGGAUAAGACAAGCAGAGUGCCAAGCUCAAAGGCAGAGAGAAGUGGUGGAAGCAGGAGCAGCCAUUUGUCCCAGGAGCUGGACGUUAAACCAGUUCGUCUGUCCAGUGGUCAGGCAGAGAGCAGUGAGAGCGGCAGAGACUCCAGUCUGGCCAGCAGACAGACAAGGAAGAGGAGGGAGAAGAGAGGAAGAACACAGCGUAGCUCCUCAGACAGAGAAAGAUGCAGCUCUCAGGAGUCUUCCAGUGCUAUUGUCAUUGCCUCAGCCGCAGUGGCACAAAGUUCAGAAAGUGAUGCCUCACCAGAGAAAGACUGCAAUAGCAGCAGCAGUAGGACAAGGAGAGGUGGAGGGCUCACUGUUGGAUCACCAAGAUCUGAGAAGAUGGCAAAGGAAAGGACCAGCAGCAAAGGAGAUGAUUCAGAGAGUCAGCAUACUGGUGAAGAGCUGGGAAGUUCAAAUGAGGAGUCCAAAAGGGAACAUCUGGGGAAUCAAAGUCACAAUGACAAAUCAGAGAGCUGUAAAGAGGAGUCGGGUUCCCAGAGAGACGAGGAAUCAAGGAGCGAGAGUGUAAAGACUGAAAAUGGAAAUGCAGAUGAAAAUGAAAAGGAGAGCAGCAGGUCUGAGGAAAGCAGCACAGAGGAACAGGACAAAGGAGAGGAAAAGAAAAUUCUGGUUGCUGGAGAAGAUGAUGGAGAUGAAGCGAGCAGCCAGAGAGAUGAGCAACAAGAAGACAGAAAUAUGGAGGGAGAUGAUGAGCAGGUUUGUGCCAGAAACAAUACAACAGAAGAAGACGCAGCAGAGGAGGAGAUGGGGGAUCAGGGGGCCGAUGAAGAGUCAGACAGUUUGAAGAAAAAAGAUGAGGAGAACAUAAAACAGGAUUCUACCUCUUCCUCUCAAGAUGAAGAAGAGGAGGAUGAAAGUGAAGGUAGUGAGGAUAAAAUAGAAGAGGACAAAGAGGAAUCAGAUGAAGAGGAGGAUGAGGAUGGAAGUGAAGGUAUUGAGGACAGUGUAGGAGAGGAUGAGGAGGGAUCAAAUAAAGAGGAAGAAGGGGAGAGUGAGGAUGAAGAGGAGCACAGGAGGGAUGAAGAAGGAAAAACAGAGGACAGAGAUUCAGACGACAGCAUCAUCUGCCCACAGGAAAAGAGGUCAAUACAGGUGCAGGUUAUUCCUGAAGAAGCAGCCGAGGUUGAUGAGGAGGAAGAGGAUAAGAGUGAAACAGGAUCCAGUAAUGACUCAAAUGAAUUCAGCGACGAGGAUAUUGAGGAUCUCCUUGCACCUCAGGAGCAAACAAAGGAAGAAAAAGACCCAAAAGCUGAGGAGAAGCCCAAAGCGUUUCCUGACAGUAUGAAGAUUUUUCAAGUGGAGCGAGACACAUCAUCAAAGACAAAUCACCCAAAUAACUCUGAUGACUUUGAUGACUUUUAUGACUAAAUCUGUAACUACCUAAGCUCGAGAUUGAAGGACAAAAACCUACCUCGGUUUCCUAGAAUAUAACUUCAGAGUAAUAUAUUUUAUUAUAUAAUAAAACCAUAUAUGAAGAAAGAAACAGCAGUGUGUGGUUUGCUAUGCUUUUUAGGCCUUUUAGUUGGGUAUGAUUAUAUCAUCUCUAUAAGGAUGUCAGCUUUUCACUCCAUGAUUAAAAUACUAUUAUUGCAGUAUCUCUAAAAAAAAUCUGAAAAAUAAAAAUGCUACCAGUUAAA